AUGUACAGCGCACCGUCCGCACAGGCUGGGGGUCCGGCCGCGAGAAUGCAUCCGGUUCAGGCUUCACCAAAUGAGGUCGCCGCAAAAGAAAAACUUGCGGCCUACGUCUAUGAAUAUUUGGUUCACACUGGUGCCACGAAGACCGCCGAAUCUUUCAAGGCCGAGGUGCUUGCGCAUACGCAUAAUUCGAAGACACCGCAAGUCAACGACCCUCCUCCCGGCUUCCUUCAAAACUGGUGGCUGGUUUUCUGGGAUCUCUACUGUGCAGCUCCGGAGCGGCGAGAUGAAAACCCGCACAGCUCCGAGGCGAAAUAUUUUUAUCAAUCGUUUGUCGGUGAUAACCAAUUCCAUCCACCGCCGCCCCAUCCGCCGACGAUGAUGAACGGCAUGCAUGGGGGCCCAGUCCCGCCAUUUCCCGCCAAUCCUUGUAUGCAACCGGAUGGCAUGAUGGCGCCAGGGGCUGCGGGAAACUUCCCUGUGAGGUUUCCACCCGGACGCGGAAGCGCGAUGGCGAAUUUCGGGUCGAUGUUUCCACCAGGGAUGCCACCGACACAGAGAAUGCCCCCAGGACCCAUGCGCAUGCCGGCCGGAUUUCAGGCCAUGAGACCUGGACCAUCGGCGAUGCAACCUCGCUUCAUGGAGCAACAGCCUUUUGGUCACCAACAGAUGAUGCCAAACGGCAUGGGAACCUUAUCGUCGCCUUCGCAGAUGCCACCGGCCCCUGAAAAUCCGAAUAUGAUGAUGCUACCAUCAAGCUCGGCGAGCAUGUAUACACCGAUCGCCGGUGAAAGUACCCCGACGCAGGCGCAUCCGAACGGCAAUGGUACCGAGAUGCCCAUGUCGGCGCCAACGCCAACGAAUGCGACGAUGACGCCAGCCAGUGCAGCGCCUGCAGCGGGUGCUGCCAUGGGUGCGAGUGUCGAGGACGCAAAGCCAUCACCCGUUGGCACUCCGAAGGGCGCGAACGGCACGCAAGGACCUGGCAGUCAGAAUCCUUUGCCGACGACGAGCGACAGUCAGGGCCCUGCUGAAAUAACCCCGCUCGGUACCAACACCACUCCGGGGCUAUCCGGGGACGCGGACGAAAUUACGAAGAUCAAGCAGAGCUUCUACGAGGAUGCGAAACAGUUUUCCAAAGACGGCGGCGGAGAUCAAUUUUUU